CAAAAUGUACAUAAUGACUUGCGCACGGAUGGGUUAAGUCACACGUACAUGUGACUGAAGUUUCGCUCCGAUAAAUGCAACGUCCUCGUAAUUGGCAAAAAAAAAAUUAGGAUUGUUAGAGCAAUUGGAAAGAUUAGAAUUUGAACGAUGGGAGAUGGAAAAUUGGCGCGCCACGUGAACAGAAUGGCUGGAAUAGAAUGAAAGAAGCGAGCAGUAUUAUGUUUCGCUGCAAAGUCUCUCCACCUGUCGGCGUAGCACCUGCCUUCGCAACCGCUUAAUGCCGACGUUAAUGACCAUUCAUGGAUCGUUGGUUACAACGACAUGUGGGCAAUAAGCUGUCAUGUUUCACUUGCAGAUGCGACUAUAAUCACGAGCGAUGAUGCCCUGCAAGGGUACGACCCCCAGUUCAUGGUCGGCUGUUACUUCCCCGCGGAAUUCCAGGGUGAAUUCGUGACACAGGUGAGCGGAAACGAAGCCGCCGAUACGAGCAACGAGCCCAUUCAAUAUUCCACCAUCAACAUCACGUUCAACGCGAUCCCCGUGUGGGGUUACUGUCACAGGAGGGUUGGUGAUAACGUGUUGCUAAUGGACAGGUACGGCGAUGGCGACUGCAUCCGAUGCUUCCGAUUAUUAAGGAGAUCCCGCAACGUUAUAGAAGUGUUCUCUAAAGACUUGAACAGGUGUUACACUUCAGAAGCCACUGCUUUGGCCUCCUGCGACACAUUAAAUUCCACAUCGAUUUUAUACCGUACCAGGGAGAUUGGCAAUGUUCCCAUAAGAAACGAGUACUGUCCAAUAACUGGCCAGUAUCACUUCACGUACAGUCUUAAUAAUGGAUCUGGUAGAGCUAUCGAGUGCAAUAGCUUCUCGUCUUCUUUCCACAACUGUCCCGAUGGCUCUGUCUUGAGAUUACAUUUCAAUCGUUGUAACUUUGAGCCUCACGUGAAUCUUACAUUUAAUUGCUUAGGCAACUGGCCUGGUCCCAAUGGUUCUACCUACUUUGCUCUGAUGGAUAUCAGUGCAAACUGUGAAGGUCGACCACAAUACAGAUGUGGGCUAUUUCACGUUGACAAUAAAAAAGGAAAGAUGUACAUGGCACUGAGCAGCGAUUCGAGCUGUACACAAAAUUUGGAUAAUUCCACUAGUGGAUACGAAACGUUAGUUCUUAGUAAAGUUCCAAAUCAAAAGAAGAUGCCAAAUUAUGUGAAGACUCAUGUAGCAACAUUCCCAAAAUGGGCGCAGGGUGUGUGGGAAGAGUCUUUGAUUGUCAAUGGCACUAUGACUUUCACUGAUCUCAAUGGUUAUAACAGCUAUACGUUCAUUACCGUUGAUUCGAAUGAAGAAACUGGUCGUUACAUCGUUUACUCCAAAAAUCAAUGGUGUUGAACGUGUGGUAGAAUCACCUUGCCCAAUUACUGGACAGUACAUGGGUAUGAUAACUGACUUAUCAGGAAUGUGUGCUGAAUUAAGCAGCAACUGCAACACCCGCGAAAUAAUGUAUUUCAAAGUUACUGACUGCGAAUCCGGAGAGCUCUAUGAAGAACGAACAUAUUUGUGUCUGGGACAAUGGGAAGAGAAAGGUGUCAUGUAUGCGUAUACUAUGAGAAAUGAUACAAGUACGAACGAAUGUUUCGUUGGCUUAAUCGUAAAUGACGAAGAAAUCUAUAUCAAAGAAGCGGGAGAUCAUUGUAUGAGAAAUAUUGAUCCUAAGAAAGAAGGAAUGCGGUUGUAUAAGAAGGGUCAGUGUUAUGGAAAUUCUCCAAGUCCUGCUCCAACGCCAAUGAAGCCAAUCCCUCACAAUCCGAUAAUGAGAAUCACUACGACUCCACGGUCGAGAGUAUCAGGUACAACCAACAUAUCAGGAAACAAUAUCCCAUCAUUUGCUGCAUGCAAAGCCACUGUAUCUUAUCCUUUUGUUAUAUUUACAAUGAUAAUUACAUUUUCUCGAAACAUUUACAUGUAUGUUUAACUAACAACGUCAUUAAUAAUGACCAAUGAACUAAUGAAUGAAACGUAGAACAAAAAAAUCUUACUAUCAUGAAAGAAAGUCAUAAAAGUUUUUGUUCAAUUCUGUCAAGAUAAAGCUAAAAAUUCAAGAAAGCAAAUAUUAUACAUGAAGUAUAUUUGAAACAGUAUCUAUGCACUACUAAAUGAUCAGGGAACAAAGGGAACAAAAAGUAUAUAAAUACUUUAUGGAUAUUGAAUACUUAAUAAUGGGCAAUUAUAUUAGUAUCAUGUUAUUGAUAUUUCUCUUUAAUAGUGUGUUCCCUUAUUACACAUCAUUAAAGUUUACUUUGCAUUUGAAAAUGCCUUCAACAAAUAUUUUUGUAGAUACAUAGAUCUUUGUUACAUUUCUCCACCAAACACUGCCUUGUAAGAUACAAAUAGUAAACUCUAUGUCUUGUUAGGAAAAUCCAAAGAAAUUCUCAUACAAUAUUUUCUGAAUUUAAUACAUUUUUCAGUAAUCAU